CCUAGCUUCUGGCUGCUGGAAUUAAAGAUAUGUGCCUGGCUUCUAUGGCUUGUGGAUGACUUUGCUUUCAGAAUCCUCAGGUUGUGAAGCAUGGAGGCUGGCUCUGUGGUCCGAGCCAUCUUUGACUUCUGUCCUAGCGUCUCAGAGGAGCUGCCACUCUUCGUGGGAGACGUUAUUGAGGUGUUGGCUGUGGUGGAUGAAUUUUGGCUUCUCGGAAAGAAGGAAGAUGUUACAGGACAGUUUCCCAGCAGUUUUGUGGAGGUUGUGACAGUCCCCUGCCUGAAAGAGGGAGAGAGUCUGUUUGUUUGCACCUGCGAAUUCACAUCACAGGAGAUGAACAGUCUUUCUCUCCAUCGAGGAGACCUGGUGGUUCUCGAUGGCUCUCCUACCGCAGGAUGGCUGCAGGGCCGAAGCUGCUGGGGUGCCCGGGGCUUCUUCCCCUCUUCUUGUGUUCGUGAGUUCUGUCUCACCUCUCAAAGCCAACAGUGGCACUCACAGAGUGCAUUGCUUCAGACUCCAGAAUACUCCAUGGGACAAGCACGGGCCCUCAUGGGACUGUCUGCCCAGCUGGAUGAGGAACUGGACUUCAGGGAAGGAGACAUGAUAACCAUUAUCGGAGUUCCUGAGCCUGGCUGGUUUGAAGGAGAGUUAGAUGGUCGGAGAGGCAUUUUCCCAGAAGGUUUCGUAGAGCUUUUGGGGCCCCUGCGGACUGUGGAUAAGUCGGUAAAUUCCAGAAGUGGAGAUGACUGCAUUGCUAAUGGGGAAGUAGACGUCUUGACAGAAGAGACAGAAAGUGGGGCUGAUGAGGACGAGCACCCGACAGGGACCUAUGGGCUUGCCCUCUACAGAUUCCAAGCCCUGGAGCCCAAUGAGUUGGAUUUUGACGUAGGGGAUAAAAUCCAAAUUCUGGGGACCUUGGAGGAUGGCUGGCUGGAAGGACGUUUGAAGGGCAAGACAGGUAUCUUUCCCUAUCGCUUCGUGAAGUUAUGUCCUAGCACCAGGACGGAGGAAACCGUGCUUCUGCCCCAGGAAGACAGUCUCCCUGAGAACUCUGAAAGCUCAGUGGAUGGAUUGGAGAACUCAGUGGUGGAGGAAGCAACACUCGGACCACAGGAGUGUGAAGCAGAAAAGCCCGACUGGGCUCUGCCUGAACAAACCCCCGUUCCCCUAGAUCACGAUGUCCCUGAGUGUGUUCUGAGUGAGAACUCUGGUCAGGGUGAAGAUGACUCAGGAAGCUCCCCAGGUGUGGGUCUUGUUAAAGACCCUUCCACAGCUGACCCCUCAGAGAUAGUCGAUUGCAUUUCUUCCCAGCCUUGGGUACCCUUUCAUCCCCAAGUGCAGAAAGGUCAGUUUUCUUCAACACCAGGAGGGAGCCACCAAAGCUUAGACCCAUUCUUGGACUUUGUCCCUCUAGAAGCCAGGACUCGCGACUACUCCAGUCUGCCUCCCAAAACAACAUAUGCCCAGUGUAGGUCCCUCCAGAAGCCAGCACAUCCACUUCACAGGGCCUCCUCCCUCACAACCUCAAGGAUAGCCAAACCUAGCUACUUUCGCCCUCCAGCUGUGGCCAAUUGUGGUCAGAAGCACCAAACAUCUGCAGAAAAUGCCUCUAGCCUCUAUUCUGCACCAGAGAGAUCAGAGAGGCAGCCUGGGCCCCCAGACAAGGGGCCCCCCACAGAGGUAACCACGGCGCCACAGGGGGACAGCAUCGACCUGGAUUCCAAGUUGACCCAACAGCUGAUAGAGUUUGAGAAGAGCCUGUCAGGGCCUGGCACAGAGCCAGAUAAAAUUGUACGCCGCUUUUCAAUCAUGGAUUUUAACUCUGAGAAGGAUAUUGUCAGAGGCUCCUCGAAGUCAGUUCCCUCACAGGAGCUCCCCGAGAGGAGAAAGGCCCUGAGGCCACCACCACCCAGACCCUGUACCCCAACAUCCAUUUCUCCCCACUUGGUUGACCAGAGCCUCAAACCUGCACCCCCCUUGGCAGUGCGGCCCUCCCGCCCAGCUCCCCUGCCUCCCUCUACGCAACAGAAGACGAACACAGCCUCUCCCAAGCCCACCUCCUGUACCCUUCCUAGUUGGGAGGCCCCAGAGAAGGAGUGCCCUGAGCCUGCGGAUCAGAGCCCAGCCCAGAUGUCUCAGUCUCUGUGCCCCUCUGUGCUGGUGAGGAUUCAGGAUGUGGAAAAUGACUUGGACAUGUACACCAGGGCUCAGGAAGAGCUGACCUUGAUGUUGGAGGAAAAGCAGGAUGAAUCGUUGAGGGCAGAGAUGCUGGAAAAUCUCAAGUUCUAUGAGAGCAGCAUUCAGAGUCUGACCCUGGAGCUCCAGCAGCUGAGAGACAUGACGCUCCUCUCUUCUCAGACUUCAUCCCUGGCGGCACCCUCCGGGUCUGUGUCCCCUGAAAAGCCUGAGCAGAGGAUGCUGGAGAAGAGAGCCAAGGUGGUGGCUGAACUUGUGCAGACGGAAAAAGACUACAUCCGGGAUCUGGAGACGUGCAUCGAGCGGGUCAUGGUGCCCCUGCAGCAGGCACAGGUACCAAACGUUGACUUUGAGGGGCUUUUUGGAAAUAUGCAGACGGUGAUUAAAGUCUCAAAGCAGUUGCUGGCGGCCUUGGAAAUCAGCGAUGCUGUAGGUAUGAGCUCAUGCAGCUGUUUCCGGCUCAGGUGUGUGGUGGGGAGAGGGCCCUUCAGUGGCCAGGUGGUAUACUAGGGGAAUGACAUUUGACAUGGGUGCAGAGGUUGUGUGGGCCCUGCUUUCUCCCCUCCUUCAGUCUGCUUUGAUGUGGUUAGUGUAUUAGCUGGGCGGUGGUGGCGCACACCUUUA